AUCACAUGGGUCCCAAGUUACUUGUUUAAUAAUGAAGGCUAUAAAAAGAUUUAUGUUUUGACACAUAGCCUCUAGUGAUCAAUUGUUGCUCUCUUACAAGAUUCUCACGCUCUAUCAACUCACGCGAUCAGGUCAAGUCCAGUCAUCAUCAUUACGAAAAUUUCUCUAUCCUUUCACUCUCAAAGAUGACAGUGAAAGACCGAAACAAAAGAGACUUGUUAUUGUCUCGAAGCUGCAUAUGAAAUGAUGGAAAUACGAGAGGCGAUCCAAUAGGUAUCCGUGUCGUGUUAACCGUUACAGUGUGCUCGAUUUGUAUGUCCGGACUGGUUCGUGGAUGGCCUGUAAAAGCGGCGUCAGAGCAGGCGGGCCGCAGUUAGCGCUUACGAGAUCUACCAGGCGCACGCAUCAUGUAUCUGCUGGUGUUAUUGUUCGCGUCGGCCGUCGCCGCUCCGCACUACUACAGUCAAACGCAAACAGGAGAUUUAAACGUUCGGGCCGACUUCGAGAAUAUUGUGUUUCUAAUCGCAAUCCCGCAGAGGACGAGUUUAUCAUUAGAUCUCUUAGAAGAUUUGAUGUUAAAGAAAAACAAAGGAAGCGACAAUCAGUUACAGAACAGAGCCGAUGUCCAAGUAAUGGAAGCGUUCGUCGAACCAAACACCCCGUACAAAGUUGAGAUCGGUACCGAUAAGAAAAGCUUUGGAGGUGAUUCUCGUGCCGUUGAAGUCGUCAUUUCUGGUCGAAGGCGUCUCGAUGCAGACGCUUUGGCUGAUGAGCGAGAUGAGCUAAAACUUCUUGGUGCUACAGAACAGUGUGGACCAGGUCGGGAGCGGGACCCUGACACUCUCGGCUGUCGAGCUAGUGCAGUCACGGAAUCGAGCGAAUCCCUACAAUCCGAACUAGACGAAAAGAACGAAAAAAAUAAUUCAGAACCCGUUCCAGAAGUGGUUACUACAUAAUUUUGAGAUUUCUAAAUCUUCCUUAAGUUACGCCAUUUUAGUAUUUAAUAAUUACUUAUUUAAAAAAAAAAUUGUAAAUUAUUUUAUUGAAAUAUAAACAUAAGUUAUCUUGUUA